GUUGCAGAAUAUAGUGUCAGUGUGUGAGUCAUAGGCUAUCUGAGUGGGGCAGUCGAGAAAAGAACAGGACAAUAAUUGCUCUACAGAAGAAAAAAAAGAAUCAAAGUUUUCACAGCUCAAGAACGACGUUGAAUUCGUCCCUGUGAUUCAUCCGCACAGUAGCCUACAUUCCACGCGAACCCUGGACUGGCUGCGGAAAGUAGGUGGCUCGAUGACUUUCCUCAAGUUUGGUACAACACCUGAGACAACAGUAUACAAAUAGACAACACUAUACCGAAAGAAACAAGUAGGCUACUUUCACCGCAAAGGAUAUAUUUUAUGUUUUUAGAGCGAACGCCUGAUGUGUAAAGCAGAUGUAAACGGAUAGGCCUGUUCUGUAUCGUUUUAGGAGCCAGACAAUUAACAUUUCAAAAUUCUAGGUUGGCUAUUCUGGAUGUAGAUUAGCCUAUUUAAGGCUACAUUUUAGUUCAGCCUUUACUAUUUCUUGAGAGUAAGGGAUUCCGUUGUCGGUGUAACCUACUUGGAAAGGCUGUUCCCUCCGCGAAGACGAUUUGAGUAGACUAGCCUACACCGGAGUAAUCAUCUGAAAUCUCCCCUCUCUCCUGGAACAUGUACCAGGACUACCCCGGGAAUUACGACACAUCCUCCCGCAGCAGCGCGUCUCCGGCACAGCCAGAAUCCUUCACAAGCGGCAGCAGUAUCGGCAGUCCGAUUUCUACCUCAAGCUAUCAGAAACACCGGGUCGACAUGCCGGGCUCGAGUAGUGCCUUUAUUCCCACUAUUAAUGCCAUCACAACCAGCCAGGACCUGCAGUGGAUGGUUCAACCCACAGUCAUCACCUCAAUGUCCAACCCAUACACACGCUCACAUCCGUACGGGCUCCCCGUGUCCAGCGGUACCGCUCUCCUGGGCCACACAGCACUGUCCCGACCAGGAGUGAUCCGCUCCAUUGGGGACGCUCGUGGUCGACGCAAGAGAGAUGAGCAAGUGAGACACUUUUGGUUGACCCCAGAGGAGGAGGAGAAGCGAAGAGUGAGAAGAGAGAGGAACAAACUUGCAGCAGCAAAGUGCCGCAAUCGGAGGAGAGAGCUCACCGAGAUGCUUCAAGGAGAGACUGAGAAGCUUGAAGAGGAGAAGGCAGAUCUGCAGAAAGAGAUUGAGACGCUCCAGAAAGAGAAGGACAAGCUGGAGUUCAUGCUCGUCGCUCACAAUCCCGUGUGCAAGCUUCCUCCCGAGGACCGCCAUGAGGCCGACCCGCGGCAGUGCGCACCGCUACCACUGACCAUGCGGACCAUGGGGCAGCGCUGCCAGAUGACCCACCUCAACCCAGUCGUGGUGAAGCAGGAGCCUCUGGAGGAUGACGACGACGACGAAGAUGACGAAGAUGACGACGAGGUCGGCGCACUCCAGCCGUCAGUCAUCAAACCCAUUUCCAUGGGAGGGGGGAUGUUCUGCUCGGAUGGCGAGAGCCUCAACACACCGGUGGUGGGCGCGUCCACCCCAGUGUCCACUCCCAGCGCGCCCAGCCUCAUCUUCACCUACCCCAGCAUGCUGGAGCCGGAGAGCCCCUCCCCGUCGUCCGAGUCCUGCUCAAAGGCCCACCGCCGCAGCAGCAGCAGCGGAGGGGACCAGUCCUCCGAUUCGCUUAACUCCCCCACCCUCCUGGCUCUCUAAAAGAGCAGGAAUGUCCCAAGCCCUCACAAGGAACCCCCUCCUCAGCCAUAUGGGUCACAGAACCCCCCCCCCCCCAGCCACGUGGGGGCGCUCCAGAGGCCUUUACCCUCUGGUGAUCAAUAGAACCCUCAAGGGCUAAAUCACUUUACUUUAUUUGUUUUGUUUGAGUGUUUUUCCAUAAAUUUGUGAUUUUCCCCCUGAAGGUUAUAUUCUUGUCUACACUGUAUACAGUCACAGACAUUCAGCAUUUCAUCUCAGAACAUCUGAUAUACUGUCCGAGACAGAUAAUCAAAGACAACCCUAUGGAAGGGCAAGAAGGAAACAACAACAACAUAAUGAUGAUGAUAAUAAUAAUAAUAAUAAUAAUAUUACCUGAAACAUAGCCAUAUAAAUCCAAAUAUUUUAUUAUUAGCAUCAACAAAAGAAAUUGAUGAUGAAGAGCUGAAUUUUAUCCAAGUUUUUGUGCAAAAGGUCAUCACAUUCUGACACUGGUAUGCAUGAGUGGAUGGAAAAUGCAAGACGCAGAUGCGAAAUAUAUCAGCAGCAGUCUCACCUUUCCAGCAUACCCUCAAAGAAAGAACUCUGGACACUACAGAGAGACAGAUAUCCUUCUACAUGUCCUUCCACACCCCGUCCUUUAUAUUCCCCCGUGUUGAGAUUUUCAGGUCCUCUGUUGUGACGCUGUGUUCUGUCAUAGAUGUAGCUUUUCGUCUAAACUCUGCUGGUUUAGCCCACCAUUCAGUGUCUCAAAGAAAAAAAUAAUUAUAUAACCCUACAAAUACAACACUGUACUUUUGACGGGUUAAAAGGCAUAGAUAAAUACUUUUGCAUCAAUUUUCUAUCUUUGAUAAAGAAUUUAAAAAAUGACGUCAGGGAUUUUUUUUGAUCUAUGUGAGUGGACCUGCUCAUGCACAAGCAUUACCAAGACUCGCGGCACACAGUCAUUUUUGAUUGGAAAGUUAUUUUGUACUGUGAGAUGAGAUGCUCAGAUACAACAGGUCAAAUCUUCUACCCUUUACGACAUGGCAAUAUGACCUUUUCUUUGGGAGCCACUGUGGUUUACAAUAUUAACUACAUAUUUUGUAAAUAUAAUGUUUUGUAUAUGUAUAUGCAGAUAAGUUAAACAUCUCAGACAUAGAUGUGUACAUCUUACUGAAUCUUUUUGAACGGAAUGGAUUUGCACUUUUGACCUGUACAUUGUACUGAUGGAAGCCAUUUUGAAAUUUGCUUGAUAACAUUUGCUGGGACAGAUAUUAUACACUGUGUGCCAUUGAGGAAACAAAAAUGUCUUCUCAUUUUGCAGAAAGGAAUCAAGUGAAAUGCAUAUCAGAGAAUUCAAACUUUUGUAUCCAUUGAUCGUUUACUUAAACAUUCCGAAGGAACUUAAUGAAGAGGGUACAGAGAAAAAAGAGUAGAUCUUUUUGUGGUGGUCACUUGACUGAAUGAAUCCUAAUCAAUUUGUUGUGCUGGGUGCAGCAAAUAGACAAUUUUAGCAAAGUAGAAAAAAACAAACUAUGUUAUUGUUGAAAUGUUAUUUUUAAGGAGUUUGACUCUCGUGACGUGUAUUAACAAAGUCCAUGGAGGGUUAAAUGAAAAGUCAGUAAUGACGUUACAUUACAUGUUUUUGACAGUAGAGUGGACUGUGGAGUAGACAAGUCACAAAUUAAUACCAAAAAAAAGAGAGUGUGGUACAAUUUCUCAUUUUGUUCAUUUGUUUGAAUCUGUAGAGACGUGGAUAAGCCAUGAAGUGUAAACCCCUUUGUACAUGCACAGCUUCGAGUAUUUAGCUUUUUCAAGUGCUUUAUAAUGGAAAAAAGUCUUUGUCAUGAAAACAAGAAAAACAGCAAUAUGUAUGGCAGUAUUUGUUAAUUUCUUUAUUUAGAAGUGAUGGCGGUAAUAAAAUGGUUUUCUCAGUAGUUAUAUUUUAUUGUAAUGUGAGAGUGUAUUGAUGGACAAUGCAUUUCCUAAUGAAAAUUUGUGGUGUCCUUUCUUUCCUUCAA